CUGUGUGUGAGUGAGCUCAGACAUGGCGCUGCGAGGACUUAGCGGUUGUGCUCGCGUUUUACUGACCGAUGCAUCAAAAGCAGCAGUGCUUCGAGGCGCCCUACAGUCACACUGUUUCAAAUGUCGAGAUGGAGCAAAACGCCAUCUCUUGUCUGAAGAUGUGGUGAAGCUGCAGGAUUUCCAGCAGAGAAAAGUCGCUGUUGCACACCAAGUGUCAGGAUCAAAGGGUUAUUAUUUUGAUACCGUUAAUAAGAAAAUUGAGAAAAAUGAGCUAAUCUUGAAGGAUGAAUUGAAACUUCUUCUGCAUUUAUGCCAGUCUGCUGAAGAUGUUAUCACGACUAGAAAUGCUAUUUACAGGUACCAUAAAGAGAAUCGUAACAUGGCGUUUGGUGAAUUCAGGUUUGGCCCUCUAUUUAUGAGGUUAUGCUAUGAGCUGGGUUUAGAGGAGCUGGCAGCCACAACUAUUACAGAUCCGGCUCUGAAAGGAUUCUUUUCAGACUCCACAUCAUUUAAUAUCGCCAUGGACAUGCUUUUCAUUAAAGGAUGCUAUGAAAGUGGCCUAGAGGUGGUUGGAGAGAUGAAGAAACAAGGAGUGCCAUUCAACAAAGACACCUUCAUACUAGCCUUUGCCACUUGCUAUAAACUGAACACUUCAAAGUCAUAUCAUAUCUGUUUGGCCCUGUUGGAAGAAGGUCAGACAAAGGGCAGCCUCAUCCCUCGGCAUGCCUAUUGCUUUGCAUCUGCCCUUGCUCUUAAACACAAUGAUGUGGAGAGAGCCCAGACAAUCUACUCUCAGAUCAUGAGCAUAGACAGUCGACUUUGCCAGAACUUAAGGGUGCUCAUAUUGGCUAUGACAGGGUCCAUGAAAGAUGCAAUCUCUGCCCUCACAACAGCUUUAGUGUCCAAGACUCCAGUAUUUGUGAAAAAAACAGAGUUCUCCCAGGAAGUGGUUAAUGUAUUGAGGAAGAAGAGUACUAAUGGACUGUGGGAGAAGAAGGUGGAGCAGGUGGUGAGGCAGUUAGAAGAGGCUGGCCAGAUCACAGAGCAGACCCUGGAUGAUUUCCUGUGUCACACCCCGUCAGGGAAAAGGAGGCCUUUGGGAGUAAUGGAACAGGAAAGAAUGACCAGUCAAAGGACUCGUAGACCUUUGCAGUCCACACUACUGUCAGAGUGAACACUAACUGAACAGGACUCUCAGCUUUAGUGUGCACUAUUAUAAGAGUGAAGGUCCUUGAUCAACACACUCUGAAGAUGGCACAUCCAAGCUCAGGCUUUGGUUUCAUCUACCUCCUUUUAUAUCAAGACAACCUACUGUUACCUUCAACUUUUGAAGUCAUUUAAAGAUUUAAAAUCACAAUGUUUUUUUGGGAUGCUGUAAAUGAUUAUUCUUUUUAUUUGUGAAAUAUAAAGGAGGUUUGAAUAGAGUUGUGAACUCUUCAUUUCCCAGAGGAUAUUCAGUUGUCAUA